AUGUUACCAAAUUCGAAUAAUGAUAUUUUAUAUCAUACUAAUAUGCCAACACGUUUCACUCAUCCUAUUAGCUUUGUCGAUUUUAAUCAAGAUGAUGAAAGUUAUGUUGACGGUUACAAGAAAAAUGAAUAUCCAUUAGCAAGUACCAUUUUUGUUCAACGACAUAAUCGACAACAAACAACUCAUACACCUAGACGUUCAAAUUCAUCAUUAGGUGUUACUGCUUUUCCACUAUUAAGAGAAUCAACAACAAUAUUUGAUAGUGAAAGAAAACGAACAAAACCUUUAGUCGUACCAAUUGAAGAAGAUGAUGAUGAUCUAAUACAAUCUACUACUGAGUCAACUCCACCAACACAAAUAUCAAAAUCAACUGUUACAAGUGAUACUACUCAAAAAACAAGUUCUAUGGAAAUGUCACUUCGUGACAAUAAUAAUAAUAAUAAUAACAAUUCUGAUACUAUUCUAAAUGGUAAUGAUAAUUAUGAAAAUAAUAAGAAUCAUGUUCAACGUAAUCGAAGCGUAUCACCACAAAAACAUUUCCCAAAUAGUAGCAUAAAACGAAGUAGUUCAGAUGUACAUCUAUUAACAUUAGAUAUCAAUAAUGAAAAUGGCUCACCACGUAUAAUAAAAAGUAUAACAACAACAAAAAUAAAUGAAACAAAACCAGUGCCAAAAAUUAAAUAUACAAAUAAAACUCCAUCUUCAACAUUACUGAUUACAAAAAACGGAAGAUCACCAUCACUUAAACAUAGCUCAUCGUUAAAUACACCUCGAACACUUGCUUCUAUACCAUCAAUACAUGCUCAUGCAGUUCAAGGUGUUUUAGUUCGAUUUUUUCGUAAUGGUGAUGAACAUCAUCAUGGUGUUAAAUUGGCUAUUAAUGAAUUUGAACUUAAAUCUUGGGAAGCAUUUCUUAAUUAUCUUGAUCGUCAACCAAGACUUCGUUUACCAACUGGCGCUAUAAAACAUGUUUAUUCGUUAACCGGCCAAGAAAUUCGUUCUAUUAAUCAGUUUCAUAAUCGACAAUCAUAUGUUGUUGCAUCUGGAGCAUUCAUGCGAACAAAUUAUCGUUUCAUGUAUGCUUUAUUUACGGAUGAAACAGAUGUAAAUUUAAAUACAAAUACGCCACAAGAUACAGUUCCUUAUUGGAAUACACGAUUAUCUGUUCAUCCACGUUGGCAUUCACCACCGGCUAAUAAUGAACAAAUUUUUUUAUUACCUUAUUCACAAUUAAAUAUGUAUGAAAGUAUGAUUUUUAAUCGUAAUGUAACACAAACAUUCGAAGAAUGGUUACAAGAUCAUGUAACAGAUUUACUUUCUCAUUAUACGAAUCGUGAAAAUGUAAGACAUUUAUUUGGUAUAACAAAAGAUAGUUUUAUAGAAAUUAAAAGUUUUUCAAAAUUAUUCAAUAUAAUUAAAAUAACCGAUACAUUUAUUGGAUGUACACAAGAUGAAUAUGUAGAUGCAAAACAUUAUUUAGGAAAAAUGACACCACAUGAAUUAUUUACGAAUCAUCAAUGGCCACGACGAUCAAUUAAUCGAACUAAUCAAAAACGUUCUCCAAAACACAUUAUUGAAAAUCCAAAAGUCUCAUUAAGUUGGAUUCAUGGUUAUCAUGGCGAAAAUGAAUUAACAAAAAAACUUUAUUCACUUCCAGAAAAUGAAAUACUUUAUGUUAUUGGUUCAAUUUGUAUUUUAUAUGAAUCAAAAUUAAAACAACAACGUUUUUAUACAAAACAUAAUAAUUCAAUAACUUGUGUUAAUAUUCAUCAAUAUCAAUCAUUAGUUGCAUCAAGUGAAAUACCUUCAUCAAAAAGUAAUCAACGAGCUAUAAUACAUGUUUGGGAUCAUGUAAAACUUCGAACAAUAACUGAAAUACGUAAAGAUCAAUUUGGUUCUAAUAUAAGUUUAUUAUCAUUUUCACCAAAAACAGAUGAUGAUUUAAUUCUUAUUAUUUCACGUGAUAAACCUAAAAUUGUUUUAUUUAUUGAUUGGAAACGAAAUGAAUUAAUUUAUAGUAUUACAUGUAAAUCUGAUAACAUUCUUUCAGUAUUAUUUGUAUUCAAUACAACUGAAUGGAUAGCAUGUAUUAGUCAACAAAAUUUACUUUUUUAUCAUAUUAAUUGGGGUUUAAGACCAUUACAUGUGUUAGAACGACGAGAAUCAGAAGUUCAAAAUAUUUAUACCGGAGCAGCAGCCUGUGAUACUAUUGGUGAACGAUUAUUAGUUGGUGAUAAAGUUGGUAGUAUUCAUGUUUGGCGUUUAAUUAAUAAUGAACCAAAAUUAGCUACUGUUCAAGAAUGUAUUUUAGAGAAUGAUGUUGAAACAAUUGUAUCAAUAAGUCGAGACGUGUUUCUUUUAGCUAAUGGACAAAAUCAAAUCAAAAUUUGGAAUAUGAAUUCAAAUACAAUUGAACACAUACGACUAAAUGAAACAAUUGGUUCCAUUCAAUCAAUUUGUUGUAUACGACAAGGUUCAGUUUCUGUUGCAUUAGCUAUUGGAACAAAAUUAAAUUAUAUUAUAUCGAACGAAAUUGGAAAAGAACAAUUUGAUAUUAUUAUGCGAGGACAUACAAGUCCAUCAAUUUGUAUAUGUUGUCAGAAAUAUCGUCGUUAUUAUUUUUCUAUAAGUUCUGAUCGAUAUUUAUUUAAAUGGAAUCAUAGAACAAAAGUUGUUGAAUGGUCAGCAAAAUCUACACAACCUAUAUCUUGUGCUGAUUUACAUCCUGAACGAAAUAUAAUUGUUCUUGGAACUGAAACAAGUAAAUUACUUAUUUAUGAUACUUUAACAUCAUAUUAUAUAACAACAAUAACAUUAAAAGUUAAUACAAGUGUUAAAUCAGUUCGAUUUUCUCCUGAUGGUUCAAAUUUAGCUGUUGGAUUACAAAAUGGAAAUGUUUUUAUAUUUAAUGUCUUAGGUAAUGGAGAUUUUCCUCUUCAUACUAAUGGAAUACUUCAUAAUGAUAGAUCACCUGUAAGUGAUCUUAUAUGGUCAAUAGAUUCAAAAUAUCUUCUUGUUAUUUAUGCUGAUAAUAAUUAUAAUAUUUGGUCAAUACCAACAUUUGAUGUUAUGGUAGGAAUUAAUAUUCAAAAUAUUAAAUGGCAUGAACCUUUACAUCCAAUUGUGUGCAACGGAUUAGAUAAAUCUACUGUUGAUUUACAUACAUCAGUAAUUACUCUUACUCCAAAUCUGAUCCUAUCUUGUGGUAAAGAUGGUAAACUUCGUUUAUUUCGAAAUCAUUAUGAACAUAAUUCGCAAAUAUUUAAAUUUGGUCUUGGUCCAAUUCAAAGUAUUAUACCAUCAACGAUGGAUAAUACAUAUCUUUUAUCAUUGCAUGAUUAUCCUAUGAACAAGCGUUCUUUAAACGAUACUCUAUUUGGUAUUCAAGGCGUUAAUCCAGGGUUUUCUGCUCGAGAAGACUCAAAUGCUAUGCCAUCUCAGCAAACAACUGGCAAAGUUGUAUUAAAACGACAACAACUUUUAGCAUGUCCUUAUUUAAAAGUUGAUGAACAAAUUAAAUUACUUAAUUUACAAAAAAAUUGUAUUGCUAAAAUAGCUAAUCUUGAUCAUUUAACAAGUCUUGUUGUACUUGAUUUAUGUGAAAAUGAAAUUGAUUGUAUUCAAGGUUUGGAUAAUUUAUGUUCAUUAAGAAUUCUUCGACUAGCAAACAAUAAAAUAAAGCAAAUAAAAAAUCUGGAUGCACUUGAACAACUUGAUGUACUUGACUUAAAUGGAAAUCAAAUUUCCCGAAUUGAAAAUUUUAAAAAUUUAACACGUUUACGCGUUCUUAAUUUAUCACACAAUCGAAUUGAAAAAUGUGAAAAUUUGCGUACCUUAAAAAAUCUUGUUGAACUUAACCUUCAAGGAAAUCUUAUCACUACUGUGUGUGACCUCGAAACAUUACCAAUUCAAAGACUAUUUCUAAGUUUCAAUAAAAUUCGAAGAUUUGAUGAUAUUCGUUGUAUUUCAAAACUUACUGUACUUGAAUGUUUAUCACUUGAGGGUAAUCCAUUAGCAUUUACAGCUGCAUAUGAACAAAUUAUUUUAUCUCAAUCACAAUCUGCUACUGUUAAACCAGAUGCUCGUCAACCAAUGAACAUGGAUCAACGAAUCAGUCGUGUAAUACGAAUGCAGCAUAAUAAUAAUAAUACUAAUGCUAAUAAUAACAAUAGUUAUAAUAACAAUAACAUUAAUAAUAUCAACAAUAAUAAUAAUAAUAAUAAUACUGAAACAACCUAUAUAAAUCGUGAUCGACGUCUUCUUGACACUCUUUCAAGUCAACAAGAUUCUUUAAGUGAACGAAGUGAUACUGAUAUUGAAUCUGUCAAAACAAAUCCACCACCAGUUUUCAAUCGUACAUCAUCAAUUACACAACAAAAAUCUGUAAUUAAACCAAUACACGAAACAAUAAAUCCAUUACUUGUUGAAACAAAAUUAAAUCCAAUUAUUGCUGAACGAUCAAUAUUAGCGAAAACUUUCGUACAAUCAGCAAUUGAUGAUGCUUUUCGAAAAGAAUCAAUAACUGUUCAAUUAGCACGCUGUUGGCCUUUAUUAUUGACUCAAUUAAUAAAUGAUUCAAAUUAA